ACACGUUGAUCGAAGUGAUGUGAUCAUUAAUAAAUAAUAUAGAUGGCAGAUAUUUACAGACUGGAUAAAACGUCAACGUGAGAAUGGAAGAAAUAAAAAAUAAAAAUGAAAAACCUUUGGCAGAAAGUUUAUUAGAGAAAGAUUUUUUUCAUGUACUUAAUAAUGAAUUGUGGGCACAAAUUCUUGUAUCAGUAAUUGUGAUUUUAUUUACAUUAGUUCCUGUAUAUUUAUUUUUAUCAAAAAGAAAGUCUAGACGUGAUGUUCUGUUUCUUGGACUUUGUGAUGCAGGAAAAACUGUACUAUUUUCACGAUUAUUAUAUGAUAAAUUUGUUCAAACACACACAUCAGUUAAAGAAAAUUUGGGAGAGUAUAUAAAGCCAUCGGGUGGAUCUUUUCGAAUUGUCGAUAUUCCUGGACAUGAACGUUUACGUACAAAAUAUUUGGAUCAAUUUAAAUCAACAACACGUGGUAUUGUUUUCGUGAUCGAUUCAGGAACUAUACAGAAAGAUGUGCGAGAUGUUGCAGAAUAUUUGUAUACCAUUUUAACGGAUAACGUUAUGUUAUCGUCAUGCCCUAAUAUUUUAAUUCUUUGUAAUAAGCAAGAUUCAAUUACAGCAAAAGGAUCAAAGGUUAUUACGCAAAUUCUACAGAAAGAAUUAAAUACUUUGCGUAUAACGAAGUCAAGUCAAUUAGAAUCUACAGACUCGUCCCAAAAUACAACACAAGUUUUAGGUAAAGAUGGUAAAGAAUUUGAAUUUUCUGCUUUGCCUUAUAAAGUAACAUUUGCUGAAUGUACUGCUACGUGUAAGGAUGAAGAUAAGCCAUAUGAUAUUGAACCACUUUAUAAUUGGUUACAAAAAUUAUGAAUAUCAAUAAAUUAUUUCUAAAUUUUUA